GGCGCGGGGCCGCUUCCGGGCGGGCGGGGGUCCGCCAUGGCGAUCUUCAGCGUGUAUGUGGUGAACAAGGCGGGCGGGCUCAUCUACCAGCUGGACCACUACGCGCCCCGCGCCGACACCGAGAAGACCUUCAGCUUCCCGCUCGACCUCGUCCUGCGCCCGCACGACGAGCGCGUCGUCGUGGCCUUCGGACAGCGCGAUGGCAUCCGCGUGGGACAUGCCGUGCUGGCCAUCAACGGCGCCGAGGUCAACGGGCGCUUCACGGCGGACGGGAAGGACGUGCUGGAGUUCCUGGGCAACCCCGCCAACUACCCCGUGUCCAUCCGCUUCGGCCGCCACCGCCUCUCCUCCAACGAGAAGCUCAUGCUGGCCUCCAUGUUCCACUCGCUGUUCGCCAUCGGGUCCCAGCUGUCCCCCGAGAUCGGGAGCUCCGGGAUCGAGAUGCUGGAGACAGACACCUUCAAGCUGCACUGCUUCCAGACGCUGACAGGGAUCAAAUUCGUGGUUCUCGCCGACCCGAGGCAGGCGGGGAUAGACUCCCUUCUGCGCAAGAUCUACGAGAUUUACUCUGACUUCGCCUUGAAGAAUCCUUUCUACUCCCUGGAGAUGCCCAUCAGAUGCGAGUUGUUUGAUCAGAACUUGAAACUUGCUCUGGAGGUGGCAGAGAAAGCCGGACCCUUCGGACCUGGGUCAUAGAGAAAGCCUCCCCUGUUGCACUGACUCUUCUCUCCCCCUGAAGAGCAGGGCCUCUCCUUCACAUCAGAGACUGCAAAGCCCCCAGAUGUGCUCCACUAUCUCCCAAGAUACUCGGUUAUCCCCCGGUUGCGAGAUUUACCUGCAAAAGAUUAGUCAGGAUUGUUUACACACGACCACAGAGGCUUAUUCUGCUGUGCCCUCGAGUGAAGAAAGGCAGCGAGGCGUGGGUCCGUGGCAUUACUGCAGCUGAUUGCUUGCUUUCAUUUCAGAACUGUACAUAUGUAUUUUUCCUGUACAGCUCUAACUUAUGGUUUUGCAAAGGGUUUCUAUGCAGGAGUAAUAAAUGUUCCUUGAAGAA